AUGCAUAUUAACUCUCUUGAAAGUCACGUUGAAGAGCUUGAAAAUAAGCUACAUCAAAGCUGGGAUGAAGCAACGGAAAGGGACCUUCUUGUCUCGUCUUCGGAACUAGAUACUUGGCUUCGCAGUGAAGAUACAAGAUUGGCUCAACUUUCUAAGUUAAAAUGGCACGUGGAAGGUGAUCGGAAUACGAAUUUUUUCCAUGCUUGCCUUGCCAAUAAGCGACAUACAAGAGUGGUGGAAAUGAGGAGUUCGAAUGGGAUGGUCUUCAAUUCGCCGGAGAGUCUUCAUCAAGGGGCAGUGGAUUUCUUUUCUACUUUUCUACAAGGCAUGCCAACCAGAUUGUUACCUGACUUGUCGACUCUUAUUUCACCUGUUAUUUCAAACUCUGAUAAUUCUAGGAUUUGCUCAGUUCCUACUGUGAAUGAAGUUUUCUCAGCUCUUUCUUCUAUCCCAUCUAAUAGUGACCCGAGACCUAAUGGAUUUGGUUUGAGUUUUUUCAAAAGUUGUUGGGAGGUUGUGAAAAAGGAUGUCUUGGAAGCCAUGUCUGAAUUUUUUGUGUCUAAACAACUUCCAAGAUUUUUUACAGCUUCUUUUCUUGUCUUAAUCCCAAAGGUUGAUAAUCCUUCUGGAUUUGAUAAGUUCAGGCCUAUCAGUCUUUGUUCGGUUUUUAUAAAAUAUGCUCCAAGAUCAUUGUUAAUCGCUUGA